GUGAGGAGCGCCGGGGAGGUCACGGCGGCUGAGUGCCCACAGAAAGCGCAGAGGCGCAGCGGGUUGGGGUCAGUGGCUUCGGGCGCCCGUCGGGCCAUGGUGGCCGCGGGCGGUGGUUGGCGCGGCAGCGCUGCGGCCCGGGACUGUGUGAGGCCGGGACAGUCGUGGCGCUGACGCCCGCAGGGCCCAGCCGCAGAUAUGAAGCGGAGUCGCUGCCGCGACCGGCCGCAGCCGCCGCCACUGCCCGCCCGCCGGGAGGAUGGGGCUCAGCGGGCGGUGGAGCUGCCUCAGCCCCAGCCCCUGUCCCCGCGCCGGCGAGCGCCGCCCGGGAGGCAGCGGCUGGAGGAGCGCACCGGGCCCCGGGGACCCGACGGCAAGGAGCAGGAUGUGGUAACUGGACUUAGCCCCCUGCUAUUCAGGAAGCUGAGUAAUCCUGACAUAUUUUCAUCAACUGGAAAAGCCAAACUUCAACGACAGCUUAGUCAGGACGACUGCAAAUUACGGAGAGGGAGCCUGGCCAGCUCUCUGUCAGGUAAGCAGCUGCUGCCCUUGUCCAGCAGUGUACAUAGCAGCGUGGGACAGGUGACUUGGCAGUCUUCAGGAGAAGCAUCAAACCUGGUCCGAAUGAGAAACCAGUCCCUGGGGCAGUCUGCACCUUCUCUAACUGCUGGUUUGAAAGAAUUAAGCCUUCCAAGAAGAGGCAGCUUAAUCUCUACUCUUUACAGAGGAGCUGAAGUAAACCAUCACCCGUUUUCACCUGCAUCGACUGCCACUCUCUCUCUCACCAAAGUCCCAUUUAGUGCUGACUGUGUGCUGGCCACAUCUCCUCUUGUCUUUUUCCUGAGCCCACAAGCCCACAGCAGCCCUGGCAGUCCCUGUUCGAGCCAUCCACUGCAGUGGAGUUGUCGGACAAGUAACCGCAAGAGCUUAAUUGUGACCUCUAGCACAUCACCUACACUACCCCGGCCACACUCACCACUUCACGGCCACACAGGUAACAGUCCUCUGGACAGCCCCCGAAAUUUCUCUCCAAAUGCACCCGCUCACUUUUCGUUUGUUCCUGCCCGUAGCCAUGGCCACAGAGCAGACAGGACUGAUGGACGGCGCUGGUCUUUGGCCUCCUUGCCUUCUUCAGGCUAUGGAACUAACACUCCUAGCUCCACUGUCUCUUCAUCAUGCUCCUCACAGGAAAAGCUGCAUCAGUUGCCUUUCCAGCCUACAGCUGAUGAGCUGCAUUUUCUGACGAAGCAUUUCAGCACCGAGAGUGUCCCCGAUGAGGAGGGACGGCAGUCCCCAGCCAUGCGGCCUCGCUCCCGCAGCCUCAGUCCUGGACGAUCCCCAGUUUCCUUUGACAGUGAAAUAAUAAUGAUGAAUCAUGUGUACAAAGAAAGAUUCCCUAAGGCCACUGCACAAAUGGAAGAACGGCUGGCAGAGUUCAUUGCCUCCAACACUCCAGACAGCGUGCUGCCCCUAGCAGACGGAGCCCUGAGCUUCAUUCACCACCAGGUGAUUGAGAUGGCCCGAGACUGCUUGGAUAAAUCUCGGAAUGGCCUCAUUACGUCACACUACUUCUACGAACUUCAGGAGAAUUUGGAGAAGCUGCUGCAAGAUGCUCACGAACGCUCAGAGAGUUCGGAGGUGGCUUUUGUGAUGCAGCUAGUGAAAAAGCUGAUGAUUAUCAUCGCCCGGCCUGCCCGCCUCCUGGAAUGCUUGGAGUUUGACCCUGAGGAGUUCUACCACCUGUUGGAAGCAGCUGAGGGCCACGCCAAAGAGGGACAUGGGAUUAAAUGUGACAUUCCCCGCUACAUCAUUAGUCAACUGGGCCUCACACGGGAUCCUCUCGAGGAAAUGGUUCAUCUGAGCAGCUAUGACAGUCCUGACACUCCGGAAACAGAUGAUUCCAUCGAGGGUCGAGGAGCAUCUCUGCCGUCUAAAAAGACCCCCUCAGAGGAGGACUUCGAAACCAUCAAGCUCAUCAGUAAUGGCGCCUAUGGGGCUGUGUUCCUGGUGCGCCACAAGUCCACACGGCAGCGCUUCGCCAUGAAGAAGAUCAACAAACAAAACCUGAUCCUGCGCAACCAGAUCCAGCAGGCCUUUGUGGAACGCGACAUACUGACUUUCGCAGAGAACCCCUUUGUGGUCAGCAUGUUCUGCUCCUUUGAGACCAAGCGCCACUUGUGCAUGGUGAUGGAGUAUGUAGAAGGAGGAGACUGUGCGACGCUGCUAAAGAACAUCGGGGCCUUGCCUGUGGACAUGGUGCGUCUGUACUUCGCAGAAACUGUGCUGGCUCUGGAGUACCUGCACAACUAUGGCAUUGUGCAUCGUGACCUCAAGCCUGACAAUCUCCUGAUUACAUCCAUGGGCCACAUCAAGCUCACCGACUUUGGACUUUCUAAAAUUGGCCUCAUGAGUCUGACAACAAACUUGUACGAGGGCCACAUCGAAAAGGAUGCCCGGGAGUUCCUGGACAAGCAGGUGUGCGGGACCCCAGAGUACAUAGCGCCUGAGGUGAUCCUGCGGCAGGGCUAUGGGAAGCCCGUGGACUGGUGGGCCAUGGGCAUCAUCCUGUACGAGUUCCUGGUGGGCUGCGUCCCUUUCUUUGGAGACACGCCAGAGGAGCUGUUUGGGCAGGUGAUCAGUGAUGAGAUUGUGUGGCCCGAGGGUGACGAUGCAUUGCCCCCAGAUGCCCAGGACCUCACCUCCAAAUUGCUGCACCAGAACCCUCUGGAGAGACUGGGCACAGGGAGUGCCUGCGAGGUGAAACAACACCCGUUCUUCACGGGGCUGGACUGGACAGGCCUUCUUAGGCAGAAGGCUGAAUUCAUCCCUCAACUGGAGUCGGAGGACGACACCAGCUACUUUGAUACACGCUCGGAGCGGUACCACCACGUGGAUUCUGAGGACGAGGAGGAAGUGAGUGAGGAUGGCUGCUUAGAGAUCCGCCAGUUCUCCUCCUGCUCCCCAAGGUUCAACAAGGUGUACAGCAGCAUGGAGCGGCUCUCACUGCUUGAGGAGCGCCGGACGCCACCCCCAACCAAGCGCAGCCUGAGCGAGGAGAAGGAGGACCGCUCAGACAGCCUGGCAGGGCUCAAGGGCCGGGACCGGAGCUGGAUCAUUGGCUCCCCUGAGAUAUUGCGGAAACGGCUCUCAGUGUCUGAGUCCUCGCACACGGAGAGUGACUCCAGUCCUCCCAUGACGGUGCGGCGCCGCUGCUCAGGCCUGCUGGAUGUGCCUCGCUUCCCUGAGGGGCCUGAGGAGGUCAGCAGUGCCCCCCGGCGGCAGCAGCAGGACGGUAUCUGGAUCCUGACACCCCCAUCUGGGGAGGGGGUACCUGGGCCUGUCCCUGAGCGGCCUGGGGAGCGGUGGCUGAAGCUGGAAGAGGAGCCUGCUGGCCAGAGCUGUAGUCCCAGUCCAGCCAUGGAGACUCGGGGCCACAGCACCCCAUACCUGGCUGAGGGAGCCACUUCCAAGGCCAUCAGUGACCUGGCUGUGCGGAGGGCCCGCCACCGGCUGCUCUCUGGGGACUCCCUGGAGAAGCGUGCCACACGCCCUAUCAACAAAGUGAUCAAGUCUGCCUCGGCCACAGCCCUGUCCCUUCUCAUUCCUGCAGAGCACCAUGCCUGCUCUCCGCUGGCCAGUCCCAUGUCCCCACACUCCCAGUCAUCCAAUCCCUCGUCCAGGGACUCUUCUCCAAGCAGGGACUUCUUGCCAGCCCUUGGCAGCUUGAGGCCUCCCAUCAUCAUCCACCGAGCUGGCAAGAAGUACGGCUUCACCCUGCGGGCCAUUCGCGUCUACAUGGGUGACUCUGAUGUCUACACCGUGCACCACAUGGUGUGGCACGUGGAGGAUGGAGGCCCAGCCAGCGAGGCAGGGCUGCGCCAGGGUGACCUCAUCACGCACGUGAACGGGGAGCCAGUGCAUGGCCUGGUGCACACGGAGGUGGUGGAGCUGAUCUUGAAGAGUGGAAACAAGGUGUCCAUUUCAACCACACCCCUGGAGAACACAUCCAUCAAGGUGGGACCAGCACGAAAAGGCAGCUACAGGGCCAAGAUGGCCAGGAGGAGCAAGCGCAGCCGGGGCAAGGAGGGCCAGGAGAGCCGGAAGAGGAGCUCCCUGUUCCGGAAGAUCACCAAGCAGGCCUCCCUGCUGCACACGAGCCGCAGCCUCUCGUCCCUGAACCGCUCCUUGUCGUCGGGGGAAAGCGGCCCUGGCUCACCCACACAUGGCCACAGCCUCUCGCCCCGGUCUCCCACCCAAGGCUACCGUGGGACCCUCGAAGCUGUGCACGCAGUGGGUGGCAACUCCUCGCAGAGCAGCUCUCCCAGCUCCAGUGUGCCCAGCUCUCCGGCUGGCUCCGGGCACACCCGGCCCAGCUCGCUCCAUGGCCUGGCACCCAAGCUCCAACGCCAGUACCGCUCGCCGCGACGCAAGUCAGCCGGCAGCAUCCCGCUGUCCCCUCUGGCCCACACACCUUCGCCACCCCCUGCGUCCUCCCCGCAGCGUUCCCCUUCGCCCCUCUCCGGCCACGGAGCCCAGGCCUUUCCCGCCAAGCUGCACCUGUCGCCCCCCCUGGGCCGGCAACUGUCGCGGCCCAAGAGUGCCGAGCCGCCGCGCUCGCCGCUGCUCAAGCGUGUGCAGUCGGCCGAGAAGCUGGCAGCCGCACUCGCCGCCGCCGAGAAGCUGGCAGCGUCCCGCAAGCACAGCCUGGAGCUGCCCCACUCGGAGCUCAAGAAGGAGCUGCCGCCCCGCGAGGCCAGCCCGCUGGAGGGCGUCGGCGCCAGGGCCGUGCUGGCCGGCAAGGGGGUGCUGCCGCCUGCCCCCUCGCGGGCCCUGGGCGCCCUCCGGCAGGACCGGGCCGAGCGGCGGGAGUCACUACAGAAGCAGGAAGCCAUCCGCGAGGUGGACUCGUCGGAGGAUGAUGCUGAAGAGGGGCCUGAGGACAGCGCAGGCUCAGCACGCCACUCCGAGCGGGCCCAGAGCCCAGCCCUGGGCGGGGCGGGCCGGGCUGUGGAGGAGGACACUUGCCCACCCAGGGGCCUGGUAACAGGAGUCACACUGGGGCCACCCAGAAUAGAGGGUCCCACUGGCCGCCAGGGGAAGCUUGGGGGACCACAAGUGCUUGAGGUGACCACCCGGUCCUCAGCAGCUGCAAUCCCUGUGCCCCCAGAGGGCUGCUGGAGGGCACGGCACCCGCAUACCCAGGCAGCACCAGCACUUUGUCCUAGCCCCGCGUCCCUCGGCCCUGCCAGCUGCUGGGCUGCCGGCUCCACCACCUCUGGGAACACUGGCGGGUGGCCUUGGAGGUGCCUUAUCCAGGGCCCAGAUGAGGUAUCCCCUAGCAAAGAGGCCAUGCCGGGCGGUGGGCCAGCCAGCGCCCAGGACUCAGAAGCUACCACCACUACAAUCCACCGUGAGAACCUGUCCCCUAGGCACGAGGCCACAUUACAACCAGCCGGUGACCCCAUGCUGGUCCAGCCACCUUGUGACGUUCCUGGCCAAAGCUGGCCCUGGGAACCAAAGUAUACACCAGGAGAGAAAGGCAAGCCAGCCCUGAGUGUCACCCAAGUGCCUGAUGCCUCAGGUGACAGGAGGCAGGACAUCCUGGGGGGAAGUGACCCGGUCCCCCAGGAGCCUGGGCUCAGCCUGCGCUGGAGGAGCCGGGAGCCAGGCAGCCACCCGAAGCAUCAGGACUCAGCCUCGACGCCGGACGAGCUUCUGAAGCAGACCUAGCAGCCGUGUGCUUCUCUUGAGUAAUACACACCCCGGAAACGUU